AUCCCGCGGACAAGGGUUGCUGCGACAGUUUUCUUUCGUGAGUCGGGCGCGAGUGACGAUUUUUGCCAUUUGAAUACAUUUUUUUCACUAUUUUUUAAAUAAUUUUCAAAAUUGACAAUUUUCGAGCAAAAAACACGAAUUUUUUCGUGAAUUUUCUGAGCAGUGUGGAAUUAUCGAAAAUGACUAUGAAAGGAGAAAAAAAAAUAUCGAAAAAAUAAAAAACUUGGAAAUUAUGCGGCGAAUAUUGCUGAAUUUAUGGAAACUCGGACAAAGUGACAAAAUAUCGAUCGCGCGAGCGUGAAAAAACCUCAUUUCCUGAGCUACUCCGUCGUCUUUUGAAAAUGUCUGCGGACGACUCAAAAUCGGUGGAAAACGAUUCUGGCGCGUUAGAAAAGUGCGUCUCGAGUCCUCGAGUAUCGGCUUUCAGCAUCGAAAGACUACUGGCACCGAGUGAAAGUAAUUCGACGAUAAAAAGGACUAUUCGCGAUGAAAAAUUUGCUUUCGAUAAAAUUAGAGUGGCUCCUGACUCAUCCAUGUCCCUCAACGAGGAUAUCGAAGCUCAGGAAGACGCUGACGUCGUUUGCUCGACUUCACCCGGACCGGAAAUAAGUUACGAAGCGUGUACCAGCAGCUCUGGAACGAAUUCCAUUUUGGGUGUCGAAGGCCCCGAGUCGGAAAACGCGAACGAGGGUAAUUCCAGUGUGACCAGUGACGAGGACAGGAAAAAGAGACCGAGAACCGCCUUCACAGCUUCGCAGAUCAAGUCUCUCGAGGCUGAGUUCGAGAGGAACAAAUAUCUGAGCGUCGCCAAAAGAUUGCAGCUGAGCAAAAGUCUCAAACUCACGGAAACUCAGAUCAAAAUAUGGUUUCAAAACAGACGAACCAAGUGGAAAAGGAAAUACACGAACGACGUCGAGCUUCUGGCACAGCAGUACUAUUCCAGCCUCGGGAUUCCGGCUCCGAGGCCCAUUUUCGUUGGCGAUCGAUUGUGGUUUUUUAACUACCCCGGCCAACCAGCCGUCCCGGCAUCACCCCUCGUGCCAGGCCACGUGAAUCCUCUGCAUUUGGGCCCUGCUUUACCGAUCGUCCAAUCUUUACCCAGCAACCUUUCGGUCGGGACGCAAAAUUCUGUAUUCCAAAACUGCCUUAAUCCACAUCAGAAUCACCAUUUGGGACAGCAGCUCGAUUUUCGGAGACAGGACAGGUGAAGAAAAAUCUUUCAGAGUGUCACGGAACUGUCGACAGGUGCGUUCGAUCGUGUGCAUUGUCGAACGAUAGAGAUCUCGCUUUUUACUACAACGUCGAUCCAAUCGCGUUUUUUAAUUGCACCAGCAAAGAAACAAAGAACAAUCGUUGAUGAGUGCAAAAUAAUGACGAAAAUCAGGACACGUGAGGAUUCCGACGCCCGCGACACACCGGACGGAUUCCGCGCGCCAUCGAUCUUCGUCUCGCGACGCCGCGCGAGCCUUAACCUCCAAAAAUUCCCCUUUUUAAGGAACAUCAAACUUUUAUUUCACAAGCUCGUGGAAACAAAGAAAGUACACACACGAGAUGUUUGCCGAGCACGCAAUGACAUCGUCGCGGCACACGUACGCGAUCGGAGCAUUCGUAGAAUCGUUUUUAAACGCGCCCGGGGACGGAGGCUCGUUUACAAAGCAUGUGUGCACGACGUUUAUUGAUGUUUCGAGGUGUUGCUCGUCGAGCAACACCUCGAAACGUUGCUUUUUGUUUACUCGAGUCUUGGCUAGCCAGUAAAAAAAAUGCUGAAGAGUGCCAGGUACGCUGCUACAAAAUACUGGAGGAAAAACUCCCAGCGAACAAACGGAGUGCGAACAACGAAGAAAAUUCAUUCGACUGAAAAGUCGCUCGCAAAUCAUUCAAGAAAACUAAUAAAUUCGAAAAGAAAAUCAGAAUAAAAACACGGCGAGGCUUCUCGUGUCGAGUGGCCAUAAAUUACUGGCGAGAGCAGUACGGACACACGUUCGCGUAUUAUAUCGGGGGCUAUCGCUCAUAAACUCUCUGUCACGUGACUUUAGGUGUCUACGCGUUUUUAUAUCGAUGCUCAGCGUCGUAGAUUCGGGCGGCAAAGAACCUUUGAUGAGAUAAACAAACACCUGAGCUUUUUAACUCAUUUGCUUAUUUAAUGACGGCAACACACAAACACACACACACACACAAUGAGAAGACUAUUCGCUUGCCUACUUGAGGAAGAUCACGCGAAUCUAAUGGAAAUCGAAAGUUCCAACUUUGAGAAUUGAAAUUUGGAAAUAUGCUAGAAAAACACAGCGUGCAUUUGUUCCCGGAAUUGUUAUAGGAUUUCGGUCCAGUUGUCGAGAAAACGAUUGACGAAAAUCACAUUUUUUAAGGGCUCUUACGAUUUGGAUUCAAUGAAAUAGGAUCCUCCCAACUUCGGAGAGCCGGAAACGAGAAUGAGAAAAUAAAAUGUUUUUAGAUAUCAAUGAUGUCUUGAGGAAGCCUCGUUACUGGUGAAAAGCACUUGGGAAUGGAAAAAGAAAAACACUUAUUUGAGGUUAACGAGUAAUAGCGACACAAACUUAAGGUAGGAGUCGCGCGACAAUCGAUAUUAGACGAACUCGUGAUUUUUAAAUUAUAUCAUUUUUACGUGAUAAACUUUCAUAUGGCUAAAGGAUUUACUAGGUUACCGAAGAUUAUAUCAAGAAAUUUACGAUCAAAAAUAGAAAUAUAACACGGCAUCUUAUGAGGAACCCAUCCCGCCAACACUAUGAUUGCAGAAUUCAUUUCCUUAUCGAUUAGAUAUAGUUUAUGUUAAAAUUGCUCCUCAUAGAUUAUAUUAUAAAGAUUCCAAUGUGACCAUAAAAAUAUAGGGCCAUUGAUUCAUUCGAAGAGAAUUUUUAAAAUAAUCUCGAUGAAAAUUCAGAAAAUGGCAGGAGAUCGACUGCCAUGAAGUGGCUCGAUAUACUUGGCAACGUUAAGAAUGUAUACAUAUAUGUAUACUUUUCGUGAUAGCCGGCGAGUUUGGAGGCUAGGAUAUCUUUCGACUGUCAGGUGUCAGGUGAGAAGAGAACCGAUAUAUAUAUAUAUGUAUAUAUUGAAAAACCGAGUCAAAUAAGCAAUCAUAAGAUAUUUCUAAUCAUAAAUUAUUAAAU